UCAUUAUAGAGGCUACAGACAGGCGGUUGGGCAAUGGAGAGGGCCUGAUUUCACCCCGUGUACAAGAACUGGGGCAAUUUAAUUUUCUCAGUCACAAACGGUCUCAUUCUCAAUUUAAGUCGUUGCUGAUCAAAUCAGGAUGGACAGCUUGGAGAAGCAGCUUAUUUGUCCCAUUUGUCUGGAAAUGUUCACGAAACCGGUUGUGAUUCUUCCUUGUCAACACAAUCUUUGCCGGAAAUGUGCCAAUGACAUUUUCCAGUCCUCAAAUCCAUACCUUCCCACCAGAGGAGGCACAGUGACGUCAGGUGGCCGUUUCAGGUGUCCAUCCUGCAGGCAUGAAGUUGUGCUGAACCGCCAUGGGGUCUACGGUCUGCAGAGAAACCUUCUGGUGGAAAACAUCAUUGACAUGUACAAGCAGGAGUACAUCAGCAGCAGACCUUCUCCUGAACAGAAGGUUGACCAACCGAUGUGUGAAGUCCAUGAGGAUGAGAAAAUCAACAUUUACUGCUUGAGCUGCUGCGUACCCACUUGUUCUAUGUGUAAAGUGUUCGGCGCCCAUAAGGACUGUGAAGUGGCCCCUCUUAACAGUAUUUACCAGACGCAAAAGACAGAGCUCUCGGAUAGAAUAGCAAUGAUGGUGGGCAAUAAUGACAGAAUCCAAGGCAUCAUCAGUCAGUUGGAGGAGACCUGCAGAAGCAUAGAGGAAAAUGGCAGGCGACAAAAAUCCAAGGUGUGUGAAAAGUUUGACCAUUUGUAUGCCAUCCUGGAGGACAGGAAGAGAGAGAUGAAUGUGAAAGUUAACGCUGAACAGGAAGAGAAACUCAAUUACAUACGUCGGCUCACAAGGAAGUAUGGAGAUCAUCUGGAGUCUAUGACCAAAAUCAUGGAGACAGGAAUCCAGACACUGGAAGAACCUGAGAUGGCUGUUUUCUUACAGAAUACCAAACCCCUCUUGCAAAAAAUUGCAGAGGCAUCGAAUACCUCGCACCUGGAGAGAGUGGAGCGUGGCUAUGAGAACAUGGAUCAUUACUCUGUGAGCUUCAAAAGAGAGGGCAGGGCUCUACGUAAUAUCGACUUCGCCAGAGAUGAUGAUGAUGAUGAGGAGGAGGACGAGGAGGAGGUGGCUGUCGAUGCAGACAGCCGGGCAGGGCAAACAGCCUCGGGAGAAGUGGACUCACUGAACGAAGAAGCCCUUCCGCCCCUUCUUCCCCCACAGCCCCUGAGCACAUGCAGACCCGGCACAUCAUCCUAGCUUCACAAAGUGCAAAUGUCAACACAAAGUGAUCCAGCGUUCAUUUUUUGCAAGAUGUUCAAAACAAUAUGGACACCUACAGUUUGAAAACAGACUAUUUUACCAGUGCUGGUACUGUUUCUGUUUCAGUAGCUGCUUAAGAAAAGUCACUAGAUGACUAAAUAUAAUUGGAGAUGACUUAAGAAACCCUUCCAAGAUUUGUGGUGUUGUUUACUGCGUAGGGAGUGUUCGCGUGGUAUUUCAUUGCAGUUGGCACGGCAGUGGUAUUUGAGUUAUGAAUGACAUGAUUCACUUUAAAUGUUCCCUGGAUUUCAUAUUUAUAAACAUCAACGUCAAAUAAAAGGUUACCCUCGUGAGUGUAAUCAUUUGUAACAGAUUUAAUUCAAAUCAACAUCCAGUGCAGUUCCAAAAGCAUUGAUGUAUCACAUAUACAGCAGAUGCCUUAUCUACAUGAAGAAACAUCUGUGGAAGUAAUCGCCUCAUCUCUUUGCUCACAGGAUUGUCUUCCCCUGGUCUUAGAGUAAGCGAAGAGUAAACAAGUGAUGUUCGCACAUCUCGGUGGUCGAGCUGAAAUAACGAUGCCAGGACAUUGCGCAAUGCAUAUAUUCUGGCCCAGUGGAGGGUGAGCAGUGACAGGAUGUGCUUCUGUUGCUGGCUUCACACAGAGAACGGCUACAACCAACUUAAUGAGGUCCAGGGAGCACAACCCCAAAACAACACUCGGCUCAGCAUGUGUGGCUUCCACCUUUGCAAUGAAUGAAUUAGUCGAAGUGACAUGCACUCUGUGGUGCUACAAUAAAAACAUAAGGUUGAAAUGUUCUGAGUGCCUUGUUAGUUCACAUUUGAGUUAUUGAUUGGAUUUGGAUGUGCUUCAGCCGUACACUUUAGGACAUGGUUCGGUGAAAGUACACCCAAGAUCUCCAGUUGCUGUAGAAUGAGUCACCACUCAUCAGC